AUGCCUUCCCGAUUCAUUAUUCCUUUGUCAGUCUCUCUACCUAUGAGUGUUUUCUAUGAGAGCAUGGCGGAGUUUUCCUACAUCAUUGGCAAUCGGUUCUUUCUUUCUUUCAUUCAUUCAUUUUUUCUUUCUUUCUUUCUUUCUUUCAUUCAUUCUUUCUUUCUUUCUUUUUUUCAUUCAUUCUUUCUUUCUUUCUUUUUUCAUUCAUUCAUUCUUUCUUUCUUUUUUUCAUUGAUUCUUUCUUUCUUUCAAUCUUUCUUUUUUCUUUCUUUCAUGCAUUCAUUCUUUCAAUCUUUCAUUCAUUCAUUCCUUCAUUUAUUCUUUCUUUCUUUCAUUCAUUCAUUUUUUCUUCCUUUCAUUCAUUCAUUCUUUCAUUCAUUCAUUCUUUCUUUCAUUCAUUCAUUCAUUUUUCUUUCUUUCAUUCAUUCAUUCAUUCUUUCUUUCAUUCAUUCAUUUUUUUUCUUUCUUUCUUUCUUUCAUUCAUUCAUUCAUUCAUUCUUUUCAUUCAUUCAUUCUUUCUUUCAUUCAUUCAUUCAUUCUUUCUUUCUUUCAUUCAUUCAUUUUUUCUUUCUUUCAUUCAUUCAUUCUUUCUUUCAUUCAUUCAUUCAUUCUUUCAUUCAUUCUUUCUUUCAUUCAUUCAUUCUUUCUUUCAUUCAUUCAUUCUUUUAUUCAUUCUUUCUUUCAUUCAUUCAUUCGUUCAUUCAUUCUUUCUUUCUUUCAUUCAUUCUUUCUUUCUUUCAUUCAUUCAUUCUUUCUUUCAUUCAUUCUUUCUUUCAUUCAUUCAUUCAUUCUUUCAUUCAUUCAUUCUUUCUUUUAUUCAUUCUUUCUAUCAUUCAUUCAUUCGUUCAUUCAUUCUUUCUUUCUUUCAUUCAUUCUUUCUUUCUUUCAUUAAUUCAUUCUUUCUUUCAUUCAUUCUUUCUUUCAUUCAUUCAUUCAUUCUUUCAUUCAUUCAUUCUUUCUUUUAUUCAUUCUUUCUAUCAUUCAUUCAUUCGUUCAUUCAUUCUUUCUUUCUUUCAUUCAAUCAUUCAUUCUUUCUUUCUUUCAUUCUUUCUUUCUUUCUUUUUUCUUAGAUCAUUAUACAUUCUUCGUACCAUUCAUAUAUUCUUUUUCUCCAAUCUGUCCUUAGUCUAUUCGCAACAUUUCAUUAAUUUUUUCAUCAAAAAACCAUUGCUAUAUUUACAACGCUCUCACAUAUUCCACUCCUCUCUCUUUUGGACAUGUUUUACUUUCUUUCAUUUUCACGUUUUCUUCUUUCUUUCUUUGAUCAUUUUUUUAUUUUCAUUUUUUCCCUCUCUCUUUAAUUAUUUAUAUCCUCUUUCUUUCUUGCUUGCUUUCUUUCUUGCUUGCUUUAUUUCUUUCUCGCUUUCUUUCUAUGUCAACUUUUAA